AUGGCGCAAUACGAAGAAGAUCGAAAAUCCGAAGUGGUAGAGGUACCUGCCCAUGCCCAUUUACCUGGUAUGGACACCACGACCGAAGUACAAGUUGUACCCACCCCUGCCGCUCCGAAAUCAAGAUGGGAUUCCAUUUACCGAAGUUCCCUCUUCCAGAUCUGCGUUGUAUCGGCUCUGGCCUUUUGUGGACCAGCUAUGGCAGAUGCUAUCUCUGGUCUUGGUGGAGGUGGUCAAGCUACCCCUUAUACAGUCAACGCCGCACAAUGUGCCUCGUACUGCGCUGUGGCGGUGAUCUCCCUUUUGGGAGGUCCUUUGGCUUCUCGAAUGGGUAUCAAGUUGAUGUUGAUCGUUGGUGCUUCCACCUUCGCUAUCAACGGGUCUGCGUACUACGUCAACAGUAAAUACGGUGUACAAUGGUACUUAAUUUUCGGACGAUUCCUUUACGGUGCCGGUUUCGGAUUUUGGUAUGUUGCCGAAGCAGCCAUCAUCCUGUCCUAUCCUGAAGAGGGACGAAGAGGAAAGUAUCUUGCCAUCUGGGUCGGUGCACGAAACCUUGGUCAACUUGUCGGAGGUUCAAUCUCCCUCGCUCGAAAUGCCAAAGCCGCCGCCGCGGGUGCUAUCGCCACUUCGACCUACCUUAUUUUCGUAGCUAUCGAAGCUGUUGGUUUCCCAAUAUCAUUCUUGAUCUCACCUCCUCACAAGGUCAGACGAUCCGACGGCGUACCAAUCUUACUCGCUGCUAAACAACCAUGGAAGACUGAAUUCCUCUUACUCUGGCAAUGUGUUAUGUCCAAGCAAAUGCUUUUGCUUGCCCCCAUCGGUUUCUAUUCUUACUUCUACGGCGGAGUGCUCAGUACCUACUUGACCAACUAUUUCACCGUCCGAGCCAGAGCAUUGUCAAGUUUCAUUGUUCCCUCCGGAAUCAUCGUCUUCACUUCGAUCUUCGGUAGAUUCUUCUUGGAUAAUCGACGAUGGAAUCAACGACUCAGAGCUCAAGUUGGCUUCGCGGUAUUCAUGGUCCCCUCCAUGGCUUGUUUCGCAUGGUUGAUCGUGAACCAAACCAAGUUUAUGAAAAUGUCAAAAGCGCCAAAAUACGAUUGGAACUCUUCUGGAUGGGCUAACGCUUACAUCCCUUUUUACAUUAUGCAAAUUUGUGGAUACCUGUGUCAAACUUACAUCUACUGGUUGAUCUCUUGUUUCACCGCGGAUGUUCAAGGAAAUGCUCGAACGGGAGGUGUCUUCAGAUGUGUUGAGGCUGUCGGUCAAGCUGUAUCGUACGGUAUCAACUCGAACGUCAAAACCAAGAUGAUCCCUCUUGCCAUCAACUUUGGUCUCGCCGGUUUCUGUAUCCCUUUCACCAUUGCGAUCAUCCAGAAAGUCCCAACCUGGAGAGAAGACGCUGCGAACAGACCGAUCGAUUACGAUCAAGAGGAAGGUGGGAAGAAUGAUGAAUUGAGAGGUUAA